AUGGAUGUCGAACUGGAAGGCGUCCCUUCGGCGCCGGUGUCAUCGCAGCCAGCAUCGGUCGAGGAUGACCUGAUGGACAUUGAUGAACUGAUAGCGGGCGACUCGCUUGGCAUCCCUGCAAACGCUCAGGAUGAAGACGAUAUGGCUAACGGCGCCGACUCGGACAAAGAAGACAACGACGGCACCAAGCAAUGGGUCGUCAACGCUCCGCCUAAUCCGCGCAAGAUCUCGGAGAGGAAGCGAGCUGAUAACGCCGCAUUUGAUGCGUGGAUCGAGGAGAACCAGCAGAAUCUCGCAAAGGGCUUGGACAAGUUCAUUGUCGACGACGACGACAAGACCUUCCAAUCGCUGACCAGGGACUUUGAGAACAAGCGCAUCAUCACGAACCCGCGCGACUACCAGCUCGAGCUUUUUGAGCUGGCCAAGACGCAAAACACCAUUGCCGUGCUCGAUACAGGCUCCGGCAAGACUCUGAUUGCAGCCCUGCUGUUGGGAUGGACCAUCCAGAAUGAACUAGAGGACAGGUCCAAGGGACUCCCCAAGCGCACCGCUUUCUUCCUCGUCGACAAGGUUGCUCUCGUGUUCCAGCAAUAUGCCGUGCUGGCCUGCAACUUGGACUACCCCGUCGAGAAACUCUGCGGCGACAUGAUCGAGGACGUCUCGACGGACAAAGACUUCUGGGAGAAGAUGACGAGCGAAAACAUGGCCAUCGUCUGCACUGCCGCUAUCCUCAACCAAUGCCUCCAUCAUUCCUUCAUCCGGAUGGACCAGAUCAACCUCUUGGUGUUUGAUGAGGCCCACCACACCAAGAAGAACCACCCGUAUGCCCGCAUCAUCAAGGAUUUCUACGUUGAGGUGGAGGACGAGGAGAGGAGGCCGCGCAUCCUUGGAAUGACGGCUUCUCCCGCCGAUGCUCAGAUUGACCCCAAAAUCGCCGCUGCCGAGCUCGAAGCCUUGCUUCAUAGCCAGAUCGCCACAGUUGCUGACCCGGCCGCUAUGCAACACACCUCAGCCAAGUUGAAGCGAGAGGUGUUGGUAGAGUAUGACAGGAGUGGGCCAGACUGGGAGACGGAGCUUAACCAGGCGCUGAGGGAGCUGGUGGGCAACAACAGCGUGUUCAGGAAGCCGUUCGCCUUCGCUGCGACCACGGCCGCCGAGCUUGGUCCAUGGUGCGCCGACCGUUACUGGCAACUCUUCUUCAGGGGAGAUGAGGUUGUGAGACUGGAGGCCCGGACCGAGCGAAAGCUCCUGCGCGAGUCGGCCUACUGCCCGGACAUGGGCGAGCAUACCAGCAAAGUCCAGGCAGCACACAGGCUGGUGAAGGAGUACGGCUUUUCUAGACCCAGUCUCAGCCGCGACCUUCUGUCACCUAAGGUCAUACUGCUUUACAAUAUCCUUCGGGACCAGUUCAGCGGCGUCGACCGUAACCGCCGGUGCAUUGUCUUUGUCAAGCAGAGAAAUGUUGCGUCGCUACUUGUUGACCUGCUGCAGCAACCAGAGAUGAAGAUCCCUGGUCUUGAACCUGGCGUGCUGGUCGGCGGCGGCCGUCGCGAGGCUGGCUGGGACAACACCAAGGUGACAUACCGUGAGCAGGUCUUGACCAUCAUCAAGUUCAAAAAGGGCGAGCUCAACUGCGUCUUCGCGACAUCUGUUGCCGAGGAGGGGCUCGACAUCCCAAACUGCAACGUCAUCAUCCGAUACGAUCUUAACAACACUCUGAUCCAAUACAUCCAGUCUCGCGGGAGAGCCCGCCAGGAAGGCUCGAUCUACAUUCACAUGGUCGAGAAGGGCAACGCCAGUCAUUUCGACAAGCUGAAACAGAACCAGCGCAACGAAGAUGCCCUGCGCAAGUUCUGCGAGGCCAUGCCCGACGACAGAAAGCUGACGGGCAACAACUUCAACAUGGAUUAUUUCCUUCGAAAUGAGAAAGACCAGCGGCAGUAUACAGUUCCAGAGACUGGGGCCAAGCUCAACUACAAGCAGAGCCUGCUAUGCGUGGCCGCCUUCGUGGCCUCGCUCCCGCACCCGCCCGAGGUCAAUUUGACGCCCAACUAUAUGAUUUGCCAUGUCCCCGGAGGCUUCCAGUGCGAGGUCAUAUUACCGGACUUGUCUCCCAUCAAGAAUGCCAUAGGGCAGGUCCACUCCAGCAAGGCUGUGGCCAAGUGCUCGGCUGCUUUCGAGAUGUGCCUCCAGCUGAUCAAGGGGAAGUAUCUUGACCAGCAUCUGCGGCCCGUCUUCACGAAGCAGCUCCCAGCCAUGCGCAACGCCCGGCUCGCUGUCGGUUCCAAGAAGAAGGCACACUACGAUAUGCGCAUCAAGCCCGAGAUUUGGUCCGUCUUAGGAGAGCCCUCGGAGCUCUACAUCAUGGCCUUGACCCUGGAGAACCCGGCCGCGCUUGGCCGGCCAUCUACACCUCUUCUUCUCAUGACCCGUCAGCCGAUUGGACAGGUUGCGUCAUUUCCGCUCUACUUCGGCGCCGAUCGUUCGUCGGCAGUCAAUUGCAUUCCAGUUCCUGGAUGCGUCAAACCGGACGACACUCGCAUCCAAGGCUUGACCGCCUUCACCUUGACUGUGUUCAAGGAUAUCUUCAGCAAGGAAUAUGAAGCCACGGCAGCCCAACUCCCCUAUUUCCUUGCCCCAACGCAGAUGGAACACGCCUCGGACUUUGACUCGGUCUCUGAUCCGGCGCAGGUCAUCAACUGGCCCGCGGUGAUGUUCGUCCAGCAGAACGAGCGCAUCGCGUACACCUUUAACGAACCGGAUGACUUCUUCAAAGAUAAAUAUGUUGCCGACCCGUACAAUGGCUCACGGAAGUUCUUCCUACUUCGCCGGCGUCACGACAUAAAGCCCACAGACCCUGUACCAGAUGGCAUCGUGACCCCUGGCCAUCGCGCCUGGCGCGUAAAUUGCCAAACCCAUGACAUUAUCAACUACAGUCUCAGCGCCUGGUCCAAGUCUCGCUCCAUUCUGACUCCCCAGGCGGGCCAGCCGGUAGUUGAGGCAGAGCUACUGCCCAUCCGCCGUAACCUCCUGGUUGACAACGUUGGAGAUGACGAUCUGGAGCCGAAGCAGUGUUUCCUCGUCCUGCAGCCCCUGAGAAUCUCGCCGAUACCGGUGGACGUGGUAGCUAUGGCAUACACCUUCCCGGCGAUCAUUCACCGCAUCGACUCGAAUCUUGUUGCCCUGGAUGCCUGCAAAUUGCUUGGUCUGAACAUCCGUCCAGACCUUGCGCUGGAGGCCUUCACCAAGGAUAGCGACAAUACUGAAGAGCAUGAUGCCGAGCAGCUCAACUUCCAGAGCGGCAUGGGCAACAACUACGAGCGGCUCGAAUUUCUCGGUGACUGCUUCCUUAAGAUGGCAACCACAAUCUCCAUCUUCACGCUCAAUCCCGACAAGGCCGAGUUUGAGUACCACGUCGAGCGCAUGUUGUUGAUAUGUAACCGCAACCUUUUCAACAACGCCCUCGAGGUCAAGCUCGAGGAAUACGUCCGGUCCAUGGCGUUCGACCGACGGAGCUGGUACCCCCAGGGUCUCACGCUCAAAAAAGGCAAGCGCAAUGAUCCCACGCGUAAGCACGUCCUCGCCGACAAGACCAUCGCUGAUGUCUGCGAGGCCCUCAUCGGCGCGGCUUACCUCACGGCGCAGGAGCAAGACCCCACCAACUUUGACCUCGCCAUCCAGGCCGUCAGCAUCAUGGUCAGGGACAAACACCACGCCAUGAAAUCCUACCAGGACUACUACGCCGCCUACACCAAGCCGGACUGGCAGACGGCGCCGUGCAACGGCGUCCAGCUCGACAUGGCCGCGCGCUUCCACGAGCGCAUGGGCUACGCCUUCACGUACCCGCGCCUGCUCCGCUCCGCCUUCCAGCACCCAACCUACCCGUCCGUGUACGAGAAGCUGCCCUCGUACCAGCGCCUCGAGUUCCUCGGCGACGCCCUCCUCGACAUGGCCUGCGUCGAGUUUCUGUUCCGCAAGUUUCCCGGCGCCGACCCGCAGUGGCUGACGGAGCACAAGAUGGCCAUGGUCUCGAACCAGUUCUUCGGCUGCCUGGCCGUGUAUCUGAGCUUCCACAAGGCCAUCGCUUACUGCUCGCCGGCGAUCCAGAAGGAGGUGGCCGAGUACGUCGCCGAAAUCGAGGACGCGCUGGAGCGCGCCAGACAGGAGGCUGUGGCGCGCGGCGGGACCGAGGACGAGUUCUGCAGGGACUUUUGGGUGCAGUGCAGCCGCCCGCCCAAGUGCCUGCCCGACGUGGUCGAGGCGUACGUCGGCGCCGUGUUUGUGGACAGCGAGUAUGACUUUGGCCAGGUCAGGGACUUCUUUGCGCGCCACGUCAGGCCCUUCUUCGAGGAUAUGCGGCUGUAUGACGCCUUUGCCAACAAGCACCCUGUUACGGAGCUGGCGGGCGUUAUGCAGAACCGGUUCAGGUGCGGCGAGUGGCGACUGCUGGUCAAAGAGUUGCCUCUGCCCGCUGCGGAGGAGGGCGGAGAUGGUGGUGAGAUUGGCGGGGAAGUGGCGGCCAGGAUGAUGGUGAACGCGCCGACGCAGGUGGUGUGCGCCGUGCGGGUGCAUGCGCUGACGCUUGCGCAUGCCGUGGCAGCGAGCAGUCGGCACGGCAAGAUUGCGGCGACCAGGAAGGCGCUGAAGGUGCUCGAGGGGAUGGAGGUGGACGAGUUUAAGCGGGCCUAUGGGUGUGCUUGUAUGCUGAGGGAGGGGGAGGGGGCGGAUGGGGACCAUGGCUCGGCGAUCUAG